UGACUAGCUCCAUCGUGAAGCGGUAGCGUGCACAACAACAUGAACUUACUCUCCUUCGAUUGUUGGUAUUGCUGAGCAAGUGAACAGCUUGUUCUCUACAUCAUCGCUGUUCCGCCGCCGGGAGAGCCUCGAACCAGAUCUGUCAAGCAGACAAGAUUCCAAUUGCGGGGCAGAUCUGUACGAUCCGCAGAUCGCGAGUCCUGCAUAGCGAACGCAGAGAUGGAUACCUUGAAGAGCUUCAUCUAUGACAAGAAGGCGCAAGUCGUCCUCUUCUCCUCCACCGCCAUUGCCCUAUACGGGUACGACCAAGGCAUGAUGAGUCUAAUUAAUACCAACAAGGACUAUCUGUCGACCAUGGGUAUUGCGGAGGAGGAUCCUCAAGUCGGAGUCAUCGUGUCGGUCUAUUACCUUGGCUGCGCCGUUGGAGCCGUCAUCUUCAGCUACCUCGCCGAUCAAUAUGGCCGUAAACCCACGCUGUUCGGCUGCCUGGCCACGGCUAGCUUAGGCAACCUCAUAAUGUUCGUGGCUGGUCUUGGAUACACGCAGGGAGCUCUGCCGGUUAUGUACCUUGGACGAAUAGUCAUGGGUCUUGGCGUAGGCGGCGUUGACAGCGUUGUACCCGUCUACAGCUCUGAACUGUCCUCUGACGAUGCUCGUGGCAAGGCGCUGGCACAGGAGUUCCAGAGCAACAUCUUCGGACUGAACAUGGCCUUUGCGAUCAAUCUUAUCGUCACUGUAACCUUGGGCAAAACGAAUGAAUGGGCUUGGCGGAUACCAAUCAUUCUGAUGCAGGUUUACCCAUUGUCGCUCGUGCUCCUCUUCGAGACGCUGCCCGAGAGCCCACGCUGGUUCAUCUUCCAUGACCGGCAUGAUGACGCGGGCAAGAGUCUGAAUAGAAUCCUAGGCGAGGACGAGGGCAAGAAGAAGCUCGAGGAACUCUCCGAAGCUGCGAAGCAGGAGUCAGACCAGAAGAUUGGUUACAAGGACAUGCUAAACCCGAAGCAUCCUCAAUUCCACCCAACAGUAAUCACCAUUAUGGGCCAGGUUUGCCAGGCUCUAACUGGAUAUGGCGCCGUCUCUGUGUAUGGUCCACAGAUCUUCGAGCUCCUCGGAUACAGCGUGCGGACGUCGGAGUUCUUGACGCAGGGCAAUUACGUUUCGUACUUCUUCCUCAUGACGUUCGCUUGGUUGCUUGUCGAUGCUGUUGGUAGGCGUACAGUGCUGCUAUGGGGCUCUGGCGCGCUCACCUUCUGCUUUUUCCUUCUGACGCUGUUCGGUGGAUUGAGCAUGAACGCUGAUUCGCUCCACCUCAAUCAAAUGGCGGUGGCUAUUCCCGGAAUCGUGUCGCUCUACAUAGCGACCGGCGCCUUCGGUAUUGGUUGGUUAGCAACGAUUUGGCUCAUUCCUACCGAGAUCUUCCCUACCCAAGCGCGCGCUCAGGGUACUGCUAUCAGCGUGGUUAUCUGGGGCUUGGCUAACUUCGCUGUGACGCUCUUGACUCCGAUUUUAUUCAACAACCUGAACUACUGGUUAUUCCUCGUCUUCGCCGCCACCAACACCAUCGCUGGAGUCUGGACGUAUCUGUACAUGCCAGAAUCAGGUGGGCGUUCGUUCGAGGAGAACCAAGAGUUCUUUGACAAUGCCAAGGAGAAGGGGACAUGGCUGGUUGGGAAGAUAAAGAAAGGUGAGUACAAACAAAUGCCGUACCCGAAGAAGGAUGGUCAAGACGGCGAGUCGGCACCGUUGCUGCAGAGGGUCAGAGAGCAGAUAUAAGACGUCUACAGGCUGCAUGAUAGCGAGGCGAUACAUGAGCGAACCAUGAUGCACAGAUUGUACACAUUGUGGGGCAUUUGCAGCGGGCGGGUGAUUGCUUGGUUCGGGCGCACGAUAUCCCAUUCGCGUAAGAGGCAAGGCGGCCUUUGAUUGAGUAAGUAGGAAGCGCGGUCCCAAAAGUCGUUGUUUACAGUUGAUUUCUCUUUAUUCGAGCAAACGUGCUGUUCAAUAACCCAAAUCGUGAUCCACGAUGCAUAUGUAAAACGAAAGUGUGGCGUACAUGCCGUAUCACGAAGUACCACGCAA